UGAAUAUAACACAACGACAAAGGUGUUUACUAUACGCCGCGUACGCAUACCGAAUUCAGUGGUUUAAAAUCUGUGAAGUGUGUAAAAAGAAAGAAAAUACAUAACGAAUUUAAUGAAUAUUUUCUUUUAGGUACAAGUUUAACUAUAAUAAAUAGAUUAUUCACGAAAUAUAAAUGAAAAAAUUCAAUAUUGUGGCCUUCGUGAAUUAGCAGGAUACGACGCGUACUACGGACUGAAAAAUUUCAACUUUGACGGCGACUGAGACGUUAUGCUGAAGUCGACAGCGAGCAGGCGACGACGCUUCUUCAGCCAAACAGUAAAUCGACACGAACAGCGGCAAUCGGAGUAAUAGUGAAGAAGUAAACCCAUUGAAAUUUGUUGUGCAAAAUGAAUUAAAUUGGGAGCUAUUAAUUCGCCAAAAGAUUUUGUAUAGUGAAGUGAAGAAGUGACGUUUUUUCAAUGUGCGUGCAGCUAUAUGUAAUAUGUGUGAAAAUAAAGAAAUUUAGUGAAACUAUACGAUAUGUUGUAUAGGGAGUCAAAGUGCAAAGCUUGCAGGUUACAUCCAUAUAAUGGAAACAGUAAAUAAUAUAAAUGAAAAACGAAAAAAAUAAUAUUGUAACACAGCCCUAAAACGUAUAGUAAUCAUUACAAUUUCAAUGGUCUCAAUUUAUAUAUUUUUCAAGUGAAGCAAAAAGAAAAACCUUUAAAGUAAACGAAUAAACAAGUGAGGUGGGCAAGUUUCAACAGCCACUACGAUGCGCCAUUGCUUUCAUACAAUUCGGUGUUUGUGUUUGUUCGCCGCGAAAGAGUGCGCAACAAAAGCGGUGUAAUAUUUGGAGAAACAGUGGAAAGAAAGAAAAGCAACAAGACGUUUAUUGGCUUUUCGCUGCCGGCUACCUAAAUAACGUCGUCGUCGAAGUCGACGACAUCAACAACGUUGCUGGCAGCAACAUCGUCGGUGACGUCGACAGCAGUGUGACCAAGCCCAAAAAUCCAGUCAAGCACUACGAAUUCAUCAGCACGAAAUAUUAUAACGUAGAAAAGAAAGAAAUAGCCAAGUUAGUGGCAGUGAAUGCUAGUAGAGCUCAAUAAAGAAGUUUCUUAUGUUGUGAAGAACUUUUAGAAAAAUGCAUGAAAUAUAGUAAUGAAGUAAACGGAACGCGAAAGCAGGCGGCAGGCAGGAAGCGCUGAGCAGCAGCGCACACGAUAAAGUUAUUGUUGCAAUUGUAAAGUUGCAUAAAAAUAUUAGAAAUUUCAUGGGCCCAAAUUGUACAACUAUAACCACUAAUGUCGUUUCCCAUUUGUGAAUGUAGUCGAAAUAGAAAUUUAAAAAACAAUAAAGUUGAACAACAUCAAGUAGUGGUUAAAACGUUCGGUUUUUACUAUACGAAUUAAAUAGGCGCUUCUUCAGUAUUGUGAUUGCUCUUUGUGCAUUGGUCAACAGUCCGUUUUUGUGCAUCUUAAAUAACAAAAGCAACUUGAGCAGUUGGAGAACAACGUUGAAUUUGUAACAGCGGCAAUAGUAGCUUCAGUUGCGGCAUAAUAAUGGCCGCCGAGGAACUGAAAGUGGUUUUGCGGCGCAAUGAGCAUUCCGGUUUUGGAUUUUCGCUGUUGGGCACCACGGGACCGCCGCAUGUAAUAUACGAAAUACACGAGAAUUCACCGGCCGCCGAUAGUGCGGUCGAAGCUGGUGAUAUUAUUUUAAAAGUAAAUGGCACUGACGUUCACCGAUAUACAACGAAAGAAGUUCUGAAGUGCUUACGACUAUCCGAUGACUCGGUCACGUUAGAGUUGCGUCGCGAUCCCAAACUGAAGGCGCGACUCAAAGAGCAACUAGCCAAUACGAAGAAUCCCCAUUACGAAGACAUCGAACCAUCUCCGCAUAUUUACGAUUACAAAGCAUCAAGCUGUCGAUCGCCCACAACUCAUCAUCGGUCGUUGUCGCUGCAGGACUCUUACGAACCGCCGCACAACAGCAACUCCAAUUCAUCGUCUUCGCCUGCGAUACGCUACGCCAAAUCGCCCACACACUUGCCACACCGUCAGGGUUCGCUGCCAACGCCUGCGCUGACCAGCCAACAACAACAACAAGGCAAUCACAGUCGCAGCUCUUCCGCUUCAUCAGCACAGCUACAAUUUGGAGAUCUAAACACUUCAGUGACGAGUGGUGGUGGUGCAGGUGGCGCCACCUGUACAUCACCCACAUCACGACCAUCACGUAUUCCAACGGCACUGAAGGCGCCACAAAAGCCACCCGUACAACAUUCGCCACAGCAUAAGCGACCGCGACCAUCACAAAUUCCAACCAAGGCUGGCACGGCUGCCACCAACGGUAACGCGCCAACAAUUGCACCGACAGCUCCGGUCACUGGUGGUUGUGUGAGUGUUGGUGGUGCGCAUUUGCAGCACUCUAAUAGUUAUAGCGGCGGUAGCACACGUUUCACGCAGCAGCAACAGCAACAGGCGGCAUUGCAGCAAAAGGAACGUGACGCUGAGCCGAAUUCGGCGCCGCCGCAGCCAGCGAAGGCGCCACGCUUUGAGGCAUACAUGAUGACUGGUGAACUGAUACUAAAUCUAUCGAGGACAUCGCAAAGUAGUAACCUACUGCCAGGACACGCAAAAAAGAUUGAUAGUUUGCGUGACUCACCACAACGUGCGGUCGUGGCUGCGCGCGCUAACGGCGCUUUGGCGCCUCGUGCCUCCGGCGAAUCAUCACCCACAUCGUCAUCAUCGGUGGACUCACCCACUCAUACGGCCAGUUCCGAGUCGGCUCACCACCACAAAGAUCGUGGCAAGCGAAGACAUCAACAACCUCACCACCAUUUACUGCAACAACAGUUGGAUAGUAUUAAUAACAGUUACAAUAAUAGCAACAGUGGUGGUGGCGGUGGCGCAGGUGGUGUGGGCGUGGUUAACAGUGAUCCACGCAAAGACGACACGCUGUUAUUGUGCGAAGAGUUAGAGCGUGACGACGAAGAAGCCGGCGGUGACAAUAAUCGCAGACAACGAUAUCAGCAACAUCAACACCAUUCUACACGGCGACAUCAGUACAGUCAUUAUCAACAGCGCAGCAGUUACGAGCAUGAUGAGGUCGCCGACAUGGAGGAAAACGAGGAGGAUCAGACGCACUACGACAUUACCAACAUCGAAACAUAUAAUAGCGGGGGCGUUGGCGUGGGCGAUGUGUGUGGCGAUGAUGAUGCCAGCGAUCGUCAGUGUCUAGUAACGAACUAUGGCGAUGACGAGGACGACGAUGUCGAGGGUGAAGAUUUCGAUGCCGAAGAUGAAGACGGUUGCGGUGCCGAAGACGAAGACUACUCAUCGAACUCACUGACGUCGGCAUCGGCGAAGCAACGUUUGCGCGCACUUAAGCAAAAGGCCGCCGCUGCACACUACAAACACGCACAAAGUGUGGUGCGCGCUAGAGGUGGCGUCGGCGAUUCAGUCGAUUGUGCGAAUCAACAUUACGCCGGUGGCUAUCAUCAUCAUCAUCAACAAAAAAGACAGCAGCAACGUGGUUCUGGUGGCUCGAGUUCUUCAUCGGCGACGGUGAAAAGCGACGGCUUAGCUGGCAUAAACACCUCACCCGAUGAAACGUCAUUCUCCGUGCCCACCUCACCGAUUUCGCUGUCUACGCCACUAAUUGAUAAGGACACGGCGAAUUCAGUGCCCACCAGCCCAGAACCAACGAGUCUGGGUGCGGUAGGUGGUGGUGGCGGUGUUGUUGUGCACGAUGGUGUGGUGCGGCGACACAACGGCGUCGUACGUACAUGUGAUUCGGCUGGUUUCCGUACCAGUAAAUCCGAAGAUCACUUACAGCAGGUGCAGCGUGAAGGCAUGGCUGCCGUGAUUCCGAUCGAUAUUGAUGAGGAUGUGAAUAGUUCGCUGAAUACAUUGCUCGACACGAGGCAUGACUCGGAAGAUUCGCAGGGUUCCAAUCGCGAUCGCAUUGUUUGGACUUAUAACGCACCGCUGGCGCCACACCAAAUACAACAAUUACAGCAGCAGCAACAACUGCAGCAACAGCAACAACAGUAUUCGAGUACACACUAUGGCGGCGGUGGCGGCCACAACAAUUCAUCACCGAAUUCGCAUUCCCACUCACAUUCGCACUCCCACUCACACUCGCAUUCGAGUUCAAUAAGUUCAUCGCCCCAGCAUUCAGCUGGUAGUCCCGCCUCACCAACAUCUGUAUCCAGUUCGGUGAUGUCAUCAUCCGGUUCGAAGGGUGCGUUGGGUAUUGGUGGCGCUUAUGCAUUGAAUAGCAACAACAAUGGCGGGCAUCAUCAACAGCAGCAGCAGCAACAACAACUACAGCUGACAGCAAAUGCCGGUAAUGGGGGCACCAGCGGCGGCACCAGUGCAACAACGGCCACAACAGCUUUACAAACGGGUUUGUUACAUUGUCCUACUGGUAGUGGUAACGGUAAUGGUAGUGGUGGUAAUGGUGGUGGUAAUAAUAGUUUAGCAGGUGGUGCCGGUUACGAUCAUAGCGUCUCCGAAGCCAUCUCGAAUAUUUCAAGUCCCGACUAUCAGGACGAUGAUAAUUUAUUGAGCUCUCGCGAUCUUGCAGGCGGCAUGGUACUUAGCGAUCCCAGCGAUUCCGAUUCAACGAUACUCGUAUCAGAUACGGCGGCAACGCGACAAAAGCAGCAGCAAAAUCAGCAAUUGCAACUGCAAGCACAAGCGCUACACCAACAGCAACUGCAACUGCAACAGCAGCAACAACAACAACAGAAAGUUGGUGGUGGUCAACAAGGAAACUCCGAACAGCAUAAACUAGUGAUACAGGUGCGUGGCAUCGAUAAUAGUAAUAGUGCCUCGGCACGUGCGGCCUAUUCGGAACUGAAAAAUUCUGAGGAUGAGCUGGCUACGUUAACGGAGGAGCCAUUAAAUAGCGCAUUGUCGGCGGGGUGCGGUGAUGGCAGCGGUACGGGGCGUGACUCAUCGCCACCCGUUUCCGAUGAUGGCAGCGAUGUGGAGUCGCUACAUUCCUACCAUUACUCACCAAAGGCCGUGGAUAUGCCGUCAGCAAUACGGCUGGCCAAAAGACUGUACUCUCUGGAUGGUUUCAAGAAGAGCGACGUGUCGCGUCAUCUCAGUAAAAACAACGACUUCAGCCGUGCUGUCGCCGAUGAAUACCUAAAGUAUUUUACAUUCGAAAAGAAAACGCUUGAUCAAUCGCUGCGUGAAUUUCUGCAACAAUUCUCACUGUCGGGUGAGACGCAGGAGCGUGAACGUGUGCUGGUGCAUUUUUCUAAACGCUUUUUAGACUGUAAUCCAGGCACCUUCAAUUCACAAGACGCUGUGCACACGUUAACUUGCGCCAUUAUGCUGCUAAACACCGAUUUGCAUGGCCAGAAUAUCGGACGGAAGAUGACGUGCGCGGAGUUCAUUGAAAAUCUAGCCGAGCUCAACGACGGUGAAAAUUUCCCCAAAGAUGUAUUGAAGUGUUUAUAUCAGGCCAUUAAAACACAACCGCUUGAAUGGGCGCUCGAUGACGAUGCCACAGAAUUGCAAAAGCAACGCGGAGACAAUAAUGUCGGCAAUAGCACAAGCAACAGCCUCAUCGGUCAAAAUCCUUUCUUAGAUAUACCGGAAUCGUCGACGGCGAUAGAAUACAAGAAGGGCUAUGUAAUGCGCAAGUGCUGUUACGAUGCCAACUACAAGAAAACACCAUUCGGUAAACGUUCCUGGAAAAUGUUUUACUGCACGCUGCGUGAUCUAGUGCUCUUUCUACACAAAGACGAGCACGGCUUCCGCAAGAGUCAGAUGUCCGAUAAUCUACACAAUGCGAUACGCAUCCAUCAUGCGCUGGCCACGAAGGCCACCGAUUAUACGAAGAAACAGCAUGUUUUCCGUUUGCAAACCGCCGAUCAGGCUGAGUAUUUAUUCCAGACCAGUGAUUCCAAAGAGUUGCAAUCGUGGGUGGAGACGAUAAAUUUUGUUUGUGCCGCAUACUCAGCGCCACCGCUGGAGGGUGGUGUGGGCAGCCAGAAACGUUUUCAACGUCCACUGCUGCCUAGCACGCAUACCAAAUAUUUGAUGAAAGAGCAAUUAGAAUCGCAUGAGCAGCAAUUAGCGCAAUUAGAGGCUGCCCUCGCUGAACAUAAGAAGGGACCUGUACCGAACAAAGGACUGCCACUACAAAAUUACAAAGAAAAAGAGAGUUAUUUGCAAUAUGAGAUACGCCGCUAUCGAGCUUAUGUGUCAAUUUUAGCUGCUAAACUACUUUCCGAUCAACAGCAAUUGGAUGCAGUACAACAACAACAAUUAACGAACAACGAAGAAUUAGAUACAUUCGCAACGAGUGGAGUUGGCGGUGUCGGAGGAGCUGUGAUUGGUGGGCGGCAACAACAGCCGCCACCAGCGUAUCCGCAACAAUUACAAUUACAACAACCAACUGCACAGUCACCAACAGCACAACAACAGGCACAGCCGCAACAACAGCAAACUACUAACAGAAAGAAAGAGAAGAAGAAAUGAAGGACACACAGAAUGUAGCAAGUCGAACAAAUAAAGAGUCUUGUACAGGAAUGAGCUUACAAAAUACAAACAAAAACGAAACACACAAAACACGAAGCACGACAUUGAAUGAGGAUGAAAAGUAAAGAAAAAAAACAAAAACUGAAGCAUGAAUAAGAAUUAUCUCUUAAAAGCCAAAACCAUUUUCGCAUAUAAAAUUCGAUCAAAUUGAAUUGCGAUUUCGUUUGUAUGUAAAGUAUAUUCUUUAGAAGAAGAAGAAAGUUAAACACAAAUUGCUGAUUUUUUUAUUUCAACUCCUUUCGCAUUCAAACGCACACCAGCACAUUGUACCCGUUUCCGUACCCAUACUCGUACUCAAACAUUCAUCUACAUACAACACUGUCCUGAAAAAUGUCUUCAAACAUUUUUGCACACAGACAGCAAAGGUGAAAGCCUCGUCGUUUAGUCAAAAGACACAAUAUACACACCAGCAUAUACAUACAUAUAUACACAUAACGAAUGCUAACUAACAUUAAAAUGCCACGGAACUAUAGUUUGUGUGUGUACAUGGAUGUGUUUACUCUCAUAACUGUAUGAUCGUGCUUACGGUAUCUGCCAAUAGUUGUGAAACGAACAAAUUUUGACACUUGGUUGUCCUCCUCGUCGUCGUCGUUCAUAUGGUAUGCAUGCAUACAUAACGAAUACUAUUAUUCUUAAUUUAUAUUUACUAUAUAUACUUACUUAUAAUAUCUAUGUAUGUAAAUGUAUGCUGCUAAUUAUUAAUAGAAAUUAGGAAGAAAUAGAAGUGAAAAAAACGAAUUAUAAUUAUUAAUUAAAAUUAAUUGUGGUAUUGUGAAUUCAACUACACAAACAUACACAUACGGUUAAAAUUCAAGAAAAGAAGAGAUGUCAAAGCAUCGAUACAAAAAAGAGAUAUACAAAAACAAAAGCAAAAGCAAAACAAAUUACGCUGAUCGUCGUAUUUAUAUUAUGUAAUAUUAUAUACAUAUUUAUGCUAUUUUAGAUUUAUUUAUACAUAAAAACAUUAUA